AAACCACGCGCGAGGCACGUGCUUAUCUCCCCUCGAAUCCAAUAAACUUCGUGUUGUCGCGCGAGAAAUCUGUGACGUCUUACUUUGUUUGAGCAAAACAUUACAACAAUCAGGUGAUUUUUCCGUGCAGGACUUCACGAUCCUGAUCAGCUGACCUCAAUUCGACCAAUCAAAUGCUAGUACCAGCUUCACUUGAAGUUCGAUGUGCAAGACCGGUUCUCCGUACAUUGCAUUUUACCAGCGAACGUGGCACGAUCGGUCUGUUGGUUGUGAUAGGAAAAACAUUUAUUCACAAUGGUAGUCAAGAUUGGGAUAAACGGAUUUGGCCGCAUUGGACGACUUGUUAUGCGUGCCUCGCUGUCAGAGAAUGCUGUCCAAGUUGUCGCUGUAAACGAUCCCUUUAUCGACCUCGACUAUAUGGUCUACAUGUUCAAGUUUGACUCGACCCACGGUAGAUUCAAAGGAACAGUAGAAGCAAAGGAUGGUAAACUGGUAAUCAAUGGAAACCCAAUCUCUGUGCAUGCCAAAAGAGAUCCUUCUGAAAUCCAAUGGGGUGCCGAUGGUGCUCAAUAUGUGGUCGAGUCCACUGGUGUUUUUACUACUGUAGAAAAGGCUAGUGCACACCUUAAGGGCGGUGCCAAGAGGGUAAUCAUCUCUGCACCUUCAGCUGAUGCCCCUAUGUUUGUGAUGGGAGUAAAUGAAGACAAGUAUGACCCAAGCAAGAUGACCAUUAUCAGGUAUGUUGAAGUGCAGGAGUCAACGGGUAAAGGAAUUGGAAACCCAAAACUAGUAAAAUGGCGUGAUGGCCGUGGAGCCUAUCAGAAUGUGAUACCAGCUUCCACUGGAGCAGCCAAGGCUGUUGGUAAGGUCAUUCCUGAACUGAAUGGCAAGUUGACUGGAAUGGCUUUCCGUGUACCUGUGCCUGACGUGUCAGUGGUGGACCUCACUUGCCGUUUGAAGAAACCUACUCAAUAUGAGGACAUCAAAGCGGCUAUGAAGAAAAUGUCUGAAGAUGCAGCAAUGUCAAGAUACCUUGGAUACACUGAGGAGGAGGUGGUCUCCAGUGAUUUCAUUGGAGACACUCACUCAACCAUUUUUGAUGCCAAAGCUGGAAUUCAAUUGAGUCCAACUUUUGUGAAAAUUGUUGCCUG